AUGCCCCCUACAUUUGCUGGAAAGGUUGAUACGGACGCUUACAUAACAUGGGAAAAGCGUAUGGAGUAUAUCUUUGAAUACUACAGGUACUCCGAGGCUAGGAAGAUCGCCCUAGUAGCUGCUCAACUGACCGACAAUGCCUUAGCCUGGUGGGAUCGAGACGUUGCCAAGGCCGGUCCAGUAUGGAGAGCCCACACCUGGGCUGAGAUGAGAACUAAGCUCCGUGGCAGGUACAUUCCCUCAUACUAUAAGCGGGACUUACUAAAACGUUUCCGUAAGUUGUCUCAGGGUACUAAAUCUGUGGAGGAGUAUUUCGAGGAGUUUGAGUCUCUUCGACAAAAGCUGGAAGUUGAGGAGCCGGAACCGUCCCUGAUGUCCCAGUUCCUAGACGGUUUACAUGACCGGAUUGCCCGCAAGGUGGAGAGGCAGCCGUAUGAAGACAUCCAGGACUUGCUACACUAUGCUAUCAUGGCGGAGCAACAUAUCAAGCGGAAGACCGCGUCCACCAGCCGAAGUAAGCCCACAUGGACGACACUAGCCGCCAAGACCGUAGAUAAGGGCAAGGCGAUUGAGAUAGAAAGCCGGUACAAGAAGAAUCAGUCCGAACAGUCCGGAACAAACCAGACAGACCAAGGUAAAACACAGGCCCAAAACUUAAGAACUCGUGAUAUUGUUUGUUAUAAGUGUCAGGGCAAAGGACAUUAUGCUAGAGACUGUCCAAACAAGCGAGUGAUGGUCCUUAAGGCCGAUGGAGAGUAUGAGUCCCAAGAUGAGGCCGAGGUAGGAGCUGUUGUGUCCGAUGAAGAGGUGACUGACUAUCCAGAGACUGGCGAGUUACUUGUGACCAGGAGAGCCCUUAGUGCCCUCUUUGAUCCCGAGACUAUCCAGAGAGAGAACAUCUUUCACACAAGAUGCAGUGUGGAACAAAAGGUAUGCAGCCUUAUAAUAGAUGGUGGUUCUUGUACUAACGUGGCCAGCAAGUAUCUUGUUGAUAAGCUAGGUCUAAUCAAGACUCCACACCCGCUGCCAUACCGCCUUAAAUGGCUCAAUGAUGAAACCGAGCUUAAGAUAGCUGAGCAAGUGGCGGUAUCCUUCAGCAUUGGCAAGUACCAUGAUGAGGUCAAGUGUGACGUUGUUCCAAUGCAAUCCGGCCACUUACUCCUAGGCAGGCCAUGGCAGUUUGACAAAGAGACCAUUCACCAUGGUCGGACCAAUGUGUACAGCUUCAGCCACAACAACAAGAAGCACAAUCUCACGCCCAUUAGUCCGCAAGAGGUACAUGAAAUGCAAAAGGCUAUGGAUCAGGCCAGUAAGGUCUGGAAGUCCAAGAGCUCCCACCUGAGGUGCAGAACCUCAUGGAUAGGUACAAGGAGGUGUUUACCUCCCAUCCGAGGGAUCGAGCAUCAGAUCGAUCUCGUGCCCGGUGCUCCGCUACCAAACCGAGCCGCUUACCGAGUCAGCCCUGAGGAGGCCAAGGAGUUGGAAAAGCAAGUUCGAGACCUCAUGGGAAAAGGAUAUAUCCGGGAGAGCCUAAGCCCGUGUGCCGUUCCAGUCCUGCUAGUCCCCAAGAAAGAUGGAACUUGGCGGAUGUGUGUGGAUUGCCGAGCCAUCAACAACAUCACCAUCAAAUAUCGGUACCCUGUACCUAGAUUAGAUGAUAUGUUGGAUGAACUAAGUGGGUCUACUGUGUUUUCAAAGAUUGAUCUCAGGAGUGGAUACCAUCAAGUUCGCAUGAAGGAAGGGGACGAGUGGAAGACUGCUUUCAAGACCAAGCAAGGUCUGUACGAAUGGCUUGUGAUGCCGUUCGGCCUCACUAAUGCGCCAAGUACCUUCAUGAGACUCAUGAACCAGGUCCUAAGGCCAUACAUCAGUAAGUUUGUAGUGGUCUACUUUGAUGUCAUCUUGAUCUACAGUCAGUGUCUAACCGAUCAUGUUGGACAUCUAGAACAUGUUUUGUUAACUCUCAAAAGGGAAGGCCUUUAUGCUAAUUUUAAGAAAUGUGUCUUCUGCACUGAUCAAUUGGUACUUUUAGGUUUUGUUGUGAGUUCGCAGGUACUAAAGGUUGAUGAAGAGAAGAUCAAGGCGUUCGAGGAGUGGCCUACCCCGUCCACCAUUGGCCAUGUCCGAAGCUUCCACGGCUUGGCUAGCUUCUAUAUGCGUUUUGUGAAAGACUUCAGUACCAUUGCUGCUCCCAUGACCUUGGUGAUUAAGAAGAACGUAUCUUUCACUUGGGGACCAGCCCAAGAAGGGUCUUUCAAUAAACUCAAAUAUAGUUUGACACAUGCACCCGUCCUUACUCUUCCUAACUUUGAUAAACCUUUUGAGAUUGAGUGUGAUGCAUCAGGAACAGGGAUAGGAGCUGUGUUGACCCAAGGAGGCCGGCCUGUGGCCUUCUUCAGUGGGAAAUUGAGUGGAGCUGCCCUCAAUUAUCCCACCUAUGAUAAAGAGCCUUAUGCUCUAGUAAGGUCUCUUGAAACUUGGCAACAUUAUCUUUUGUCUAAGGAGUUUAUUAUUCAUACAGAUCAUGAGACCCUUAAACAUUUGAGAGGCCAAACAACACUCAAGAAGAGGCAUGCUAGGUGGCUUGAGUUCGUGGAGACCUUUCCCUAUGUGAUAAAUUACAAGAAGGGGAAAGACAACGUGGUGGCCGAUGCCUUGUCUAGGC